AGGAUUGUUUUCAAGACGGAAUGAUUGCCAUUUUCAUAACAUUAGUACUACUGAAUGCAGUUACCUUGGUAACUGCCCAGCCUCCUUCCUGUCCCCAUGGUUGGAUACUCCGUGAAUCUUCGUGUUAUUUAUUUGUUAAUGAUGACUCUGAAGAUUGGAUGGUCGCUAUGUCAUUUUGCAAUACUCUUCAGGCAAAGUUAGUGGAAAUUGAAUCUGUAGCUGAGGACGAAUUUAUACGCAUGCAUUUGAUAGACAACAAAUUAACAG